AUGACCCUUGCGACUUUUCUGAAGGUUAAGCCACCUAAGUUUAAAGGUACACUCGUUGCGACUGAUGCUGACAACUGGUUUCCAGCUAUCGAACGAUCACUGCGAGCGCAGCAUGGGAUACAGCGACUAUUGCAACAAGAUGAAGGCGAUAUUCCUUGGAAUAUUUUUAAGGAUGAAUUUUAUAAGAAGUAUUUUCCGAGGGCAGCUCGUGAUACUAAGGAGAUGGAACUUAUGCAGCUGAAACAGGGUAACACAACUGUUGCAGAAUAUGCCCGUAAGUUUGAUGACUUGUGCCGUUUCUCCAAGAUCUGCCAAGGGAAUCCUGCUGACUUUGAAGAAUGGAAGUGUUUGAAGUUCGAAGGGGGCCUUCGUGAGGAUCUGAUGAGUUCAGUAGUUCCAUUGGAGAUACGAAAUUUUGCUGAGCUGGUUAAUAAGUGUAAGUUAGUAGAAGAAUGUGUUAAGAAGGUUGGUAACAUCCCUGCUCGCCCUAUGGGAGGAAACGGAGGUAGACCGAGGCAGGAUAAUGGUAAACGACCUCAACAGGUGCAGGUGAACACUACAUGCAAGCGAUGUGGGAAGGAUCAUGGUUAG